UAUCAGCCUCCUCACGAAAAUCUUCAACCACCCCAGUUACCAGCAGCACAACCCAGACCUCAGACAAGAUGGUCCGCAAACUCAAGCACCACGAGUCCAAGCUCCUCCGCAAGGUCGACUUCACCACCUACGCCUCUGACAACAACCACCGCGACGCAGCCGUCCUCCGCCGCUACGCCAUCCAAAACCCCUCCGACUACCAGAAAUACAACCGCAUCUGCGGCUCCCUGCGCCAACUGGCCCACAAGCUCGCCGCUCUCCCUCCCGACGACCCCGUGCGCCAGAAGCACGAAGCUUUACUCCUCAAUAAACUGCAUGAUAUGGGGAUUCUCGCGACGACAUCCAAGUUAUCCGCGGUGGAGAAUAGUGUUACCGUUUCCGCGUUCGCGAGGAGGAGGUUACCGGUUGUGAUGACGAGGCUUAGGAUGGCGGAGACGGUGCAGGCGGCGACGAAGAUUGUGGAGCAGGGACAUGUGAGGGUUGGGACGGAGGCGGUGACCGAUCCGGCGUAUCUGGUGGGGAAGAGUAUGGAGGACUUUGUGACGUGGGUGGAUGGGAGUAAGAUUCGGAGGAAUAUCCUUAAGUAUAGGGAGAAGUUGGAUGAUUUUGAUUUGUUGUGAGGAGGGGGUUGAGGCGGUGGAGAUGGUGUUUGCGAGGGCUGGGAUCGUGGAGUUACUCUAUUUCAGUUGGGAGGUCUGGCGAGUGUUCUGGGCGUAUGGAGAACUUCAUGCGGUGGAUGGGCUGGUGAAAGAUCCAAGGGAAGCCCUCAGCUACAGAGAGGAGAUGGGUACGGAUAGUUACAGAAGGGGUUUUGAAAUGCAUAGCGUCGGCGUUAGGGAUAUGAAUUCAAUUACAAAAUAUACCAAUCAACAC